GUGAUCAAUGAAGUUUCUUGGUCAUAAUUGCCUUCUUUGUGCAAAAUACAAGCCAAAUGCAGCCUAGAAACUUGAUCUGGAUUGGGUUUGAGUGACACCAAUGAACCAUUAUCACAGCUGUCCUGAAAACAUGUGUUUGGUUAAUGGCUCCUUUGGCUAAUCAAACGAGAAGGUGUUUAUGUCUAUAGCAUAGUCCAGAAAAGAGAAAAUAAAUGCUGAUAUCAUUUAUGUUAUACUCUCAUAUAACUUUCCACAGUAUCUUUAUAAGUAGGACAUAUUUUGAUGAUUUCUCUGCCUGUAUACAGUAAAGAACAAUGUCUCUCGAUCAGUCUUUCCCAAACGGUUGAUUAAAUAUCAUGGUUUUGACAUGCACUUCUCUCCUUCUAUGUACAAGUGCAUUCCACUUGGUCCAUUGUUUUUAACAGCGGCGCUGUUCCAGGUUGGCCCUUCACCGUUCGGUGUCACACAUCAGGUCACAUGACCUGGAGAGGAGGGUAUUUAUCACGCAUGAGCAGAGCCAGCUCACGGAGCAGCUGCGCCACACAGGUCACAUGACCAGCGUGCCAGGGUAGGAGCUGAGCAAUCAGAGAGCGUGCCGUGGGAGGGAAAUGGACUUCGUGCAGCUCCCGCAGCACAGGAGCUUGCACGAGAGCAGCAAUGCUGAAGUCGAGCAGGAAACCCCGAGCUUUGAGAGCAGAAAGCACAAGCCAAGUGGCAGUGGAGGGAAGCCUUGAGGUUCAAGACAAGGAAGUGCAAAAGAAACGGCAAAGGAAACGACAAAGUCCACCACAGCGAAAGACGCAAGAAACACAGUUAAACAGAAAUAACAACACCCCAAAUCACAGCAAAAAAAAACAUAGACAUCAUCAAAACACAUAUACAAAACAGCACGAAUCACAGUAAAACACAGAAAAACACCGAAAAAACGACCACGGCUCCGCUGUUUCCUCAGAUUUCACUGCAUAGAACUGGGUUGAGCUUUUUAUAAUAAUCUUUUUGCCUGAGAUGACAAUUGUUAUAAUAGAUUUAUCGCCUAAUAUAAAACUCCACAGUUUAGAUCUUUGUUCUCUCUUUCUUAUUGGCUUGUUCCACAAACAAUGCACUAUGUAUAAAGAGAGUAGCAACUUUAAAAAGAGUUGAAUGUUGGGCGAGUGAUAAUUACUUGAAAAGUCUCACUGAAAUGUUUCCAACUGUUUAUAAAAAUGUGAUACUACAGUGAUAUAGCUCCCUGACAGCUGUUGUGUUGUGUUAUGUUGUGUUGUGUAAUUGUGUUGUGUUACAAAAGUCAAAUAAAAAAAGUUAUCAUCUCAAAAAACAUAACUAAAACAUCAAAAUAUGCACAGGUUGGAUGGGUGGCGAGAGUUUGAAUCUACCUCACUUGGCAAGGCUAAGUCGGAGAGGGCCUGGUGGUUUCAGUCACUGCAAAGUUUGCUGAUGCCUUAUUUGCACAGUGUUGUAGCAAGCCUUGCAACACCCAUCCUCACAAGUGCACGAGAGAAGCAGUGCUCGUGGCUGCACCAAAUGUGGGAGGAGAUUGAGCAGCACUUCAGGACUUUGCAUAGUCCACAGGGGGAAAGCCUGUUGGUGGAGCUGCUCUCAUGUACCAUGGCUGUGGUGCCAACUUUUCCAGCACCACUGCUGGCCUGCUUGACCAGACUGAGUGGACUCGCUGCCAAAGUGGGUGUGGCCUCUGCUAACAACUCGGCUGGCAUGCAGGUGCUGCUGUCUACACUGUAUGAUAUUCUUCAUAGCUCCACAGAACUGGAUGAACUCUUCGGAUCUCGGCUUGAUCCGGAGAUAAGUCUAGAGUGUGCUCACGUUGCAAAUGAGAUGAUAGCACAUGCACUGCAGCUUACUCAACGCCAGGAAGACAGGCUGCUCGGAAGUCAUGACUGUGAUCAGAGAGUGCUCAACUGUUUGGAUCUGCUGGCUGGACUAUUCACUGCAGAAAGGGAUGCAUCCAGGGAAGAAAGCCUCUCACAGACAGCUGAAGAUAUUACUCUGGAUUUAGUUGCAGAACAGCUGAUGAGAACACCACAAGGACCACAGAGCAUCGAAUACCUGCACACUGUGCUUCACCAAAACGAGGCCUGGAUACGACACACCCUAGCCAUCCCAGCAUCGGAUCACCAUUUGUUCACACUGCCCAGUGCACUUCAUCUCGGGAGAAGUUGUCAGGCAACAAAGGAACCAAAGUUCAACCCUCUACAGGCAUACACUGCCUGCAUGCAUAUUGCACAAGACUGUGACAAAACACAGACUCCUCAAUAAAACUCCACAUGAAAAUUCUGCGAGUUGGUGCUAUGACAACGAAAGUUUGGCACACAAAGACUCAUAGAGAAAGAAAUCCUAAUUACUUGACAAAUUAAAAAAUAGCAUUCAAACAAAUUCAUUUUUGAAUUGGGGCCUGAACUUGGAUUGCUAUCAAUCAUAUUGUUAUUACAUUGUUAGAACAUUGUUAUCAGGUCCUGAAACAUCCUAUCUGGUCAUAAUUACUUUUUCUUCACUUCACUUUACUCAUAGUGCAGUGUACCAGGA